AGCUACCACAUCCUACACUGGAUUGUUCAUUGCAUUCUGGAAUUUCUAGUCGACUCGAGUCUUGAACAUUAACAAGAUCCAACUGGAGAGAAUCAAACAACCAUGUCUGCAAUGCUACAGGCUGACUUCAGAAAGAAAACAGACUAUCACACCUCCAAAGAUGGUACCCCAUACAACAUGGAGGAGCUGACCAGAGCCCUGGAUGAGGAUUCUUUUGACAUGUUGUCCACAAUCGGAACAAGACAUUCUGCAGUUUCGAACAGAGGUCUUGUUUUUCCUUGUAAUUGGUGGUGGAAUCAGGACUUUCUUUCAUCUCCCCAAACCCGGGCCCAAGGCCCCUCUAGUCCAUCCUCCUCCUCUAGUGGGAGCUCUAGCCGGCUCCUCUCUGAUCUUGACCUGGAAGAUGUCCAAGGCCAGUUGUUUGAGUUUGCUAUGGACCAACAUGGUUCGAGAUUCUUGCAACAAAGGAUCUCCACGGCAGAUGACCUUGAGAAGCAAAUGGCCUUCAAGGAGUUGCGUCCCUACUUGAGAGAGCUGAGCACCCAUGUCUUUGGGAACUACAUCGUGCAGAAGUUUCUAGAAUAUGGCACAAGUGAGCAGCUUGGUGUGAUUGUGCAGAGCUUUCGUGGGCGUUGGAACAAGCUCUCGUUGGAUUUGUACGGCUGCCGAGUGGUACAGAAAGCAGCUGAAGUUCUCCCUGAUAUCUACAAGUCUGUGAUUGUCAACGAGCUUGUUGGGAGGAUGAUAGAGUGUAUCAUGCAUCAGAACGGGAACCAUGUGGUGCAGCGAAUCAUCACCUCUGUGCCCCAGAAACUGCUCAACAUUAUCAUCAAAUCACUCACUGGAGAUAUGUACAUGCUGUCCAUCCAUCCCUUUGGGUGCCGAGUGAUGCAACGCUUAUUGGAGAAUUGUUCCAAAGAGCAAAUGAAAGUGAUCUUUCAAGAAGUGCUACAGCACACAGAGAGCCUCCUUCUGAAUGAGUAUGGAAACUAUGUGAUUCAACAUGUGAUUGAGUAUGGUGGGGGCUUGGACAAGAGCAAAGUAGUUGCAGUACUAACUGGCAAGAUCUGCUCACUCUCACAACACAAAUUUGCCAGCAAUGUGGUUGAGAAGUCCCUGACCUUUGGGUGUGAUGCAGACAAGAAAACAAUCAUUGCUGAGAUAUCCCAUGAAAGUGCACUCCUAAAGAUGAUGACCAAUCGCUACGGUAACUAUGUGAUCCAAAAAGCAAUUGACACAGCUGAGCUCAGACAGAAACAAGCACUCGUUUUGCUUAUUCACCCCCACCUACCCCUCAUGCGAAGGUACACCUACGGCAAGCACAUUGCGUACAAAGUAAAGAGUCUCCUCUCGAGGGCAUCUCUCGGUCAGUGGUGAGAGAAUCAAAGGAACUUGGAC